GUUUUGAAGUCAGACCAUGACAACAUCUUCCUCUACACCGAAUUCUACUUCGGUUGCUUCAUGUGAUCAAACCUUAAAACCAAGCGGUGUUAAUAUUAACAUAGCAUGACAAUAUAAUCAUGGGAAGAAUAUAAAUAACAAAAAGAACGUGACAUGUGAUUUUUCUAAUCUGAUUAGUAGUGGGGGAAUUAGUAGAGCAAAAAAGUAUCAAUUAGGAAUAAAAGAUGAUGCAGUUGCUUGCUUGAAAAUACCGACGAAAGUUAAAGCAAUAUUACAUGUCGAUAUGGUUGAGAAAGAGAGAAUUAAAAGAGGAAUAAAAGAGGUGUUGGUUUAGUUAGAUACAAAUGAUACAAAUGAAAUUGAGGAAAUAAGUCGAAUUUGAAGCGGAAAGAGGAUUGCUGAGACAUCUUCGAUGGUUGUCAAGAGGGCUAAAGGACCAUUGGAUUUAGUAUUUAAGAAGACUAAGGACACAAGCCUCAAUGAUGCUUGUGAUAAAUAAGCGAGGGCAAGAACCGUAAAAUAUAUUGAUCGCUUUGUUUAUACAUGUGGAGUUGUUUUUAACGUAGCAAAUGAAAAAGCCUUUAAGUUGAUGUUGGAAGCUAUGGUCCUCAUUUGAAACCGCCAAGUUUUCAUGAACUUAGAGUUCCACUCCUUCAAAAGGAGUUGGAAUAUACAAAAGGUUUGUUGAAGAAUCACAAGGUUCAAAAGAAUAAAUAUGGAUGUUCAAUCAUGUCAGAUGGUUGGACGAAUAGAAAAGGUAGAAAAUUGAUUAAUUUCUUGGCAAAUUGUCUGGCAGGAACCGAGUUUGUGAAAAGUGUCGAUGCUUCUGACUAUGCCAAGAUGUGGGAUAUGCUAGCUGAGUUGUUGGAUACUUCUGUUGAGGAAAUGGGUGAACAAAAUGUUGUUCAAUUGAUUAUCGACAAUGAAAGUAAUUAUGUAGCGGCAGGUAAAAUAUUAACUUCCAAAAGGCUAAACAUGUUUGGACUCCAUGUGCAGCCCACUGUAUAGACUUUAUGUUAGAAGACAUAGGAAAAAUUCCAAAGGUUGAUAAGGUUAUAAAAAUGGAGUUAAGGUUGUGGGCUACAUUUAUAACCACACAUUUGAUUUGAAUCUAAUGAGAAAGAUGAUCGACAAUGUUGAAUUGGUUAAAAAUGGAGUGACAAGGUUUGCUACAUCUUUCCUUACUCUACAAAGGUUGCUUAGAGAGAUGUUAACUUGUGAUGAAUGAGUAAGUUCCAAGUGUGCUAAGGAUACUAAGGGAAAAAGGGCAACUAGUAUUAUACUUAUGGCAUCAUUUUGGAAAGAAAACCCACAAUGGGUUACAUAUAUGGCGCAAUGGGGGUAGCCAAAGAAUCAAUUGAAAAAGAUUUUAAUUCAAAUUCAAGCAAGUACAAAGCCAUAUUUUACAUCAUUGAUAAAAGAUGGGAGUGUCAACUUCAUCAUCUGUUACAUUUUGUAGGUUACUAUCUCAAUCCUAAAUAUUAUUAUGAGAAAUCGAAAAUUGAGAAUGAUCCUAAAUCAGUGAGAGGCCUCCGUAAAUGCAUUGAGACACUUAGUGAAAGCGAUGAAGUGGAAGACAAGAUUUUAGUACAAUUGGCACAAUACAAGGGUGCUACAGGUCUCUUUGGUAUAAGAACAACAAUUAGACAAAGGUUGACAUCAACUCCAGCUGAAUGGUGGAAGUCUUACGGAGCUGAAACUCCUGAUUUGCAAUUGUUGGCUGUAAAGUUUUGAGUUUUGGUUGUAGUGCUUCCGGAUGUGAGCGUAACUAGAGCAUCUUUGAGCAUAUUCAUUCUAAGAAGCGAAAUAAGUUGGAGCAUCAAAGGUUGCAAGACUUGGUUUUCAUUAAGUAUAACCAAGCAUUGAUUGAAAGAUCUAAAAUUCGGGACAAGAUUGAUCCUAUGGAAUUUGGUGAAAUUAAUUAUCACACUCAAUGGUUGGUGGAAGAGAUGGGAGAGAUGUGAGAAGAUGAUGAACCUUUACAAGAAGACUUGGUUCAUGAAGAUGAUGAUUUAACUUGGGCUCAAGCUACCGAAGCAAGUGGGAUUAAUGAGCCUGUAAUUUACAUUAGGAGGUCAAGGCUACUUGAAGUUGCAAGUACAUCUAGAGCACAACAAGUGGUGGUAGAAGAUGUUGAAGAAGAUGAUGAAGAUGAAGUAUUGGAGGAAUAUUUUGAUGAUAUAUGAAGAAUACAUUUUGAUGAUGA